CCAUACAUACGCUCCGCAUUCGCGCACAGCAUACUCCCGUACAUGGCCACCGAGACAGCUCCCGCGGACACGCCUCCGCCCAAAUUCUCUCGAUAUCGCAGUGUGCGACGGGCGAACCACGCCCAACCGACCAACCAUGGCCAACUGCCGCCCGUGCCAGCCAUAACUUCGGCUUCUGCUGCUGCAUAUGCGAACCAACAACAACACCAAGAGGAUCUCUCUUCCGUUCCAAUGCCUCCUGUACCUCCCGUCGAAGCGCCGUCUACCGCUGCUCAAGCCCCCUUGGCUAGGAGCAUGUCACGCUACCACCGUCGUCCCACCACUUCCCACGCUCCAAAAGGUCCCCCUCUUCGCUCGGCCACUGUCCAGGUUCCACCUCUGCCCUCCGCAGCUACCACUCCUGUUGCGCCUCCCCGCUACCGCGCCUUGAGUUCUCCCCAGGCGCCGCCCCCUACAGACCAUGUGCGACCUCGCCUUCCCAGUGGCUCUCGAGUGAAAGCAGAUCCUCCACCAUCGGCCUCCAACCCUCCCCACUCGAAUUCGCGGCCCCGGACCGCUCGUGACGAGGCCAAGCAACUAAUGCAAGAUGAAGCCGAGCGCCAUCGUCGCAUGCGCGAGAAGCAGGACGCCGAGCGUCGCGAGAGAUUGCAACUCGAGCAAGCCGAGCGCGAGCGACAGGAGCAGCAGCGCAGAGAGGAAGAGGAGCAGCAAGAGCAAGCGCGUCUUUUGGCGGUCAAGGAGGCUCAGGAGGUUGCCCUCGUCCAACGACAGCAAGAAGAGAAAGAGCGUGGAAAGCGGUUGCAAAAGGUGGAGAGCGCAAAGAGAAUAAAAGAGCGGGAGGAGGCUGAGCGCAGAGCCCAGGCACAGUCCUCCCCUGAAUCUCCUCAGCGUGCAGGCAGAGGCUUUGGCAUGUUCGGUCGUAGGAAAGAUGACCACCUGGCAUCCCCUGCCAGCAGCCCGCCCGCCAUCCUUAGCAGCAGCGCUCGACUUCAACAGAACAUCGAAGAGGACAGGGAUAUGGAAAACAUCAAAGCAGGAGGGGGUGGUGCUGUCCUGGGGAUCGACGCCCCCAUCUCCGCUGUCAACGCUGGCGAUCGGCGAGUCACUAUCAUCUGCAAUAAAAAGAAGUUUCUUUUGCCCGUCACACCGGAUACAACGGCUCAAGAUUUGCUAAAGUCUGCCGCACUUUGCAUGACUGAAGCCAUCAAUCCGAGGACCGAUAUCUUCAUUGAGAAUUUCCAGAAAGUUGGCGUUCAGCGCCCCGUGCGUCUGUACGAACACGUGCGCGACAUUAUGAAUUCGUGGGACAGCGACAUGCAGAAUGACCUCGAGAUAGUCAAUGCCGCCUACCAAGGACAUGAUCGCAGUCAUCUGGUGUCCAACGAGGUGCCCGACAAAAAGCCCGAGGGGGUUGGCUGCUACCUUCAUCACUCUUCAAGGCCCGGCAAAUGGAAUAAGCGAUACAUCAGUCUUCGACCCGAUGGACAAUUAGGAUUGAUGAAAAACGAGACGUCAAAGGAUUUUGAAAACAUCUGCCAUUUGUCUGAUUUCGACAUUUAUACACCCACCAAAAAGAAACAGGGCAAGAUCAAGCCACCCAAGAAACAUUGCUAUGCGGUCAAGAGUCAGCAAAAAUCCAACAUCUUCUCAGACGAGUCUCGAUACGUUCACUUCUUUUCCACCAACGAUUCUGCCACGGCGACUAGAUUUCUGGAUGCUGUACAAGUAUGGAGGAGCUGGCAUCUCAAGCACGUCAUGGGCGAGGGACUCAAGAAACCCAAACCGGCCGAAACCAAACCGGCCAACGGCAUACUCGCCAACGCGAAAGCGCUUUCCGCUCUAGAGCAGAAUGGAACGUCGUCUCACAAUCGCAAUGCCUCUGCAGGGUCAUUUUACCAAUUGGGUUCGUUCCAGCCACUUUUUGACAUGGAUUCAUUCGGGAAAGAUCUGGGUGCAGCAGCGACCCCUACGCCCAAUACGGGUCUGCAACGGGCAGACACCAAGGCAAUGCAUGCCAGAAGAAUGUCUGUCAGAAGCAAAAAGCCACCACCCGCAGCAUUCGAACGCAGUGGUGCUCUGAUCAACGAUGUCCCCUCUCUCCCCAUCGAGCCGUCCAAGUCACUCACCGAAAGCUCGUCCACGCCAGCCGAAGAAACAUUCGCCUCCACGGGCCUCCUGGGACGAACGUAUACCACGCGCCAAAAGGCACUGCAGGAGCGGGAGCAAAAGAACUCGGGUCCCUUCACAGAAGGUCCCUCGCUCGUAGGCAACAUAGACGCCAUGGCCGCCGCCGCCGCAGCCAGCGAAAACAGUGGGGUAAAGCGACGAGCGUCAGUAAACAGCACCCACCACCGACGCACGUCGAGCGACAUCCAACGCAGCGUGUCAACACGGGCAAAGCCCAGGCCUCUGGUGGAUCUGACGCCUCAAUACCGCGAACCUCCUCAGCAUCGCAACAAAGGCAAAGGCUUUGCACCCGGGGCGAAUGCAGGUCCCCUCGUGGAAAGCGCAACGUCGGUAGAGGAAGCCAUCAAAGUGCCAUCCUCGACGGACUGGCGUGGUGGGCGGCCUGGCACUUCGCGGGGUGGAGGUGGACACGCUCAUGGCACGUACGGCACUGGCGGGCACGAGCGCACGCGAUCGCUGAAGGGUGGACUGGCUGCGUACACGGUCAACAACCACUCGGGGGCUCCCGGCGAUGACCGCAACGCCUUCACGGGGGGCGGACUUCUUGCUGCUGCGGGACUCGGGCAGAACCAUCGCCCAGUUGUCGGGCGCGGGAGGGGCGUCAUGGACGGGUCCAAGGCUAAAGGACCUAUGCUGGAUAUGAGCGAGGAUAGGCAGUUUGCGUCUGGCAGUCUGCUGGCGGAUGUGCAACGGAGACAAGGGGCUGGUGGUGGGCCAGUGGUGGAUAGGGAUGGGUAG